AUGGCGAACGACAACGCUUGGGACCUCACCAAUGGCCACGGCUACAUCCUGGACCGCGAUCGCAGCCACGCGGCGGCAAGCCGACUGAACCUUCAGUUUUACCUUUGGAAAGACGCUCUGAAAUACAACAUCCACCCUACCAUCUCAGCCACCCUGCCCAAAACCGCUACCAUCUUAGAUGGUAGGCAGAAUAGAUAG